AGAUGAUGAAAGAGCAGAAAAGCAGCACUCAAGUCUUCCAGACAGAAAUCCCCGAAAUCAAAUCCGAAGAGGAAGAAGAAGAAGAAGACAGUAAACAAAGUAAGAAAUCUGGAAAGAGAAGUGAUAAUGGAGUAGUAGUAAGCAUUAGCUCCAGCAAUAACAGCACCGUGGAAGGUGAUAACGAGGAUGUCGGGAAGAAGACGACCAACUCAUCAUCCUCUGCAGGAGACGUGAGGCCGUACAAACGUUCUACUGUUCGGAGAUUACGAUGGACUUCUGAGCUCCAUCGUUGCUUUGUUCAUGCUGUUCGCAGACUUGGAGGGCAAGAUAAAGCUACGCCUAAGUUAGUUGCUGAAUUGAUGAAUGUUAAAGGCAUUAACAUAUCUCAUGUCAAGAGCCACCUUCAGAUGUACAGAAGUAAGAAGACAGAUGAACCUAACCAAGCUGCGUGUGAUGGAGGGUUUGUUCUUGAUAAUGAAGAUGACCAUGUUUACAACUUCAGCCAUUUCCAUAGGCUUCAUGGGUUUAAUCAAACACCAACUCCCAUUUUAAGAUCUGAAGAUGCUGUAAUAAAGAUUGGUGGAGCUAAUUACGUAUAUUACCCUUAUAAUAAUACGAAAAUGGCAGCCUCCAAUACACUGAGAAGUGGGUUCAAUGGUCAAAACAACAACAAAUAUUCUCUCAGUUCGGAUUUUCCCAUGAUGUUCCGACAAAGAUUCUCGUCUGCUGCUGAUGAGACAAUGAGUAGACCCACUCCAUCGUCUUCAACCAAUCUGCAACAACUACACAGAAAGAGAGAGAAAAUGGGCAGAAUAAUAGUAAAGAAAAGGAAAUUUGCAGAAGUGAAUAAUAAUCUUGAUUUGAAUUUAUCCUUAAAUGCGAGGAAUAUUAAUGAUGAGCAGAAGAGAUUGAAGGUGGUGGAGUACGAGGAUAGUAAUCAUAGUACUAAACUGUGUCUCUCAUUGUAUUCAUCAGAAGGAGGAACAGGAAUAUUGGGUGGCAGUAGUAGUUGUAGUUUAGAUCUAAGUUUGUGA